AUGACGUACAAGAGCACGUCGACGACGGACCCCGAGGACGAAGGGAACGAGCCGUGGCGCGUCACGCUAUUGCGCGCGCUCAUCCACGGCGACUUGGAGAUCAUGACGCGCGACCUCACGAGCCACGUGCAUGCGAUUGCACAAAAGCUCACGACGCACAUGAGCCGCGCCAAGCUCGAGUGGGAGACUCUGCACUGGUGGCAGCUACAGGACGCGACCCCGCUCUUCAUUGCGUCGCUCUUCGCCCACCCGCCGCUCGUGCGCUGGCUUUUGAAACGCGGCGCGGACCGCACCAUUCCUUGCUACUUGGGUCAAACCGCGCUCGACCUCUGCGGCGAGCACUCGGACGACGCGGACGCGAUCGAUCAAUGCUCGCGCUUGCUCAAAAACUCACCCAAAAUCCCGAACGCACCGGAGCGCACCGAGGCGACGUGCCACAUCUCGACCGAGCACGUCUUUCGGCACAUUCAGGUCGCGGAAGAGAAUGAGAAAGGCUGCAUUCUGAACCUUCGCUGGGCAACGCCGCUCAGCAACGGCAGCAUGAUUGAAAAGUACGAAGUCCGGUACCGCGUGCACGUCCCCGGCGAGAAGUCCAUGGUCCGCGGGUGGCGCAGCCAGACGACGACGCACUCGCGGCUGCGUGACACGCAGACCGUCACGAUCGAAGGCCUCCAACUCGAAACGUGCUUUGAUGUCUCGGUGCGCGCGCAGAACGCUGUCGGGCGUGGCGACUGGAGCACGAUCGAGCUCGUGACGACGCCGAGUCAUCCGAAAGGCGAGAACCACUGA